GCUGCUGCUCCUCCGCUGCCGCUCACAGGAGCUCCUCCUCGGCAGGUUUCAGCAACAACACACGGAUCACAUCAGAUAAUCCAGACGUGAUUUCUCCCCGGGAUGUCCUUCCUGGAGAAGCAGACCCCCGGCAGGCUGCUGCUGGACGACACCGUCCCGCUGACGGCGGUGAUCGAAACCAGCCAGAACCUGCAGUCCCACACGGAGUACAUCAUCCGAGUCCAGAGGGGCGUUUCUUCAGAGAACAGCUGGCAGGUGAUUCGGCGUUACAGUGACUUCGAUGUUCUCAACAGCAACCUGAUGGUGUGCGGCAUCGCUCUCCCUCUUCCUCCGAAGAAGCUGAUCGGAAACAUGGACAGAGAGUUCAUAGCAGAGAGGCAGAGAGGGCUGCAGAACUAUCUGGACUCCAUUACCCAGCAUCCCAUGCUCUGCAGUUCCCUGCAUGUCAAGAAGUUCCUCGACCCCAACAACUACUCAGCCAACUACACAGAGAUCGCCCUGCAGCAGGUCUCUAUGUUCUUCAGGUCGGACCCAAAGUGGGAAGUCCUGGAGCCCCUCAGAGACAUGGGCUGGAGGAUCAGGAAGAGAUAUUUUUUAAUCAAAAAUAAAGAACAGCCCAAAGAGAGGUAUCUGCUUAGCUGGGUGGACCUGGGUCCUGAUAAGUUCCUGUCAGACAAAGACCUGCAGUCAGCCAUGAAGCUGCUAACCGGCCUCUCUACUCCAUACCUCUGUCCGUUGGUGUUUUCCAGCACCAGCGAGUCUUCAGCUCUGCUCAUCCGGCCGUUCAGUGAGAGAGGCUCUCUUAGAGACCACAUCUGUAAGGUGAAACCUCGAGAAGGUUACCUGAAGAAGUACUGUAACCCAAAGAAGAGUCAGGGUCUUGAACUGCCGCACAUCAAACUGUACGGUCGUCAGAUACUGGAGGCACUCAAACUCCUCUACGACGGCGGUAUGUUUUACGGUCACCUUCACGCGUCCAACAUUAUCGUGGACGAAGGCGUGUGUCGACUAAUGGAUGUGGAGAACGGCAUGCUGGGAAUUCCCUCAGCGCUACGACCCGCCUUCACCCAGCUCAGAAAGAUCAAUUCAACAGAGAGCAUUGACGUCUUCUGCUUCGGACACUUACUUUACGAGAUGACAUACGGCCGACCACCAGACAGCGUCCCCGUCGAUCAGUAUUCCACUGUCCCCUACACCGCUGUGGUGUCAGUGCUGCAGUCCAUUCUGUCCACAGAGGCCUGUAAGAGCGGGAUGCCCACAGUUUCACAGCUCAUUCAGACACCGCUGUUCAGUGACGUUCAGCUCCAACACUCAGAAAAACUCCAGAUCAAGGUUCCCAGCAGGCUAAAGGAGGCGCUGAAGACGGCGAAGGAGAGUCUGGAGAAGAGGCUGCAGGAGGAGCAGAGAGUGCUCCACCAGCACAGGAGGCUGACCAGAGCUCAGUCUCACCACGGCUCAGAGGAGGAGAAGAAGAGGAGGAAGAUUUUGGCGAGAAAGAAGUCCAGACAGUCUGCUUAUGAAAAUGAAGAAGACGUCUCUGUUAGAAACAACAAUAACUCUGGUUCUGGAGCGAGUUCUCCUCCCACAUGCCCCUCCUCCCCCACCCCCCCUUCCACUACAGGAGCCCAAACUGCUCCUCCUCCUCCACCUCCUCCUCCUCCCCCUCCUCCUACGCUGGGCAUCCCCCCCUGUCCUCCUCCUCUGUCCUCCUCUAAUGGAUCAGGGGGAGGUCGCACCGCCCUGCUGAGCUCCAUCCAGGCCUUCAGUAAGGGCAAACUGAAGAAGGCCGAGACCGCUGACCACAGCAAACCCAUCAUCUGACCCGCCGCCCGCCAUCGCCAUCGAAAACCGUCACUACAACGACAUGACCGACCCACUCUGCGCUGUGGUCUGGACCGAGUCACAUCGUUGCUCCCUGAGAUGUGAAAACAAAUCACAAAAAAAAAAGAAAAAUCCAAGUAUCAUUUUAGCUUUUAAGGCUUUUUCUGUUUUUUCUUCCUGCUUUUAAAUUUUUAAAUCUGUUGCUGUGUUAAGAGAGAAUAGAAGACCGGCGGGGGGAAAAUGGCCGCCUCAGUUUGCCCUUUUAAAAAAAAAACUCUGAGGCACAUGAAGGUUUGUCCUCUCUGACUGCUUUGUUACUAAGACGCAGCCCAAGUCUCCAGUUAAAAAGAUGAUAAACUUAAACUGGGGCUGGUGAGCUGUCCUGGUUGAACUGCUGCUUCAGCAGGCACCAAACUGGCUUCAUUUCUGUUCUUCUCGCUAGUAAAAGUGGUGACUUGAACGUCAGAAAUUUUGGAGCCACCUGACGCUUCACUCUGCUGGAUGAUGAAGUUGAAUUUCCUGGAUCCAAACCUCUAAUGUCGGCACUCUGACACCGUCAUGGCGCUGUUACUUGUCCUGAUCUUGAUCCCGUAACAGCAGAGAAAUUUGCCCGGUCUCCUCGUGUUUGAAAUCAUCUCUGUGACCUUUGACCCUUGCAGCCUCCAGACUACACCGGGACUGUUUCACUGCAGGACAUCAGUGACAGAAAAAGAAGAACUACAGAAAAUCAAUAGAACUGCACUGAAAAAAUGUUCAAUCUCAUGAAGUCGUUUUUGUCUGCAAGUCCUAAAAACAUAACUUGCACUAUUCUUAAAACAAGUGAAGAAAUCUGUCAGUGCAGUGCAGAAUAUUUUCAUGAGCGUCUCUUGAAACAAGAAAAACAAGGGAGGUUUUAGCAUUGGGAGGAAGAAAACUGAACUUGAUCGUAGAAAAAACCUGAUAUGUUUAUUUGCAUUGGAACCAAGUUUAAAAAAUCCUACAGAUCUUUCUUUUACUUUGUUUUAAGUAAAUAGGACUCAAAUUACAGACAAAAAUGACAACUUAAUGUUUGUUGCAGCAUGUCUGAAACUACGCAAACCUUAACCAGUCGAGGUGCAAUCAUCACACCUGCUUCGUUGGUUUAGUUUGGUCUGAAUCAGUGGGAGAGGUUCAUUUGACUCUGCUGCAUUUUGAGCAAUUAAUUCAUCAUUUAGAGAUUCUGGCAGUGAGAGGAGGUUAGUUAGAGCCAUGAUGGGUCUCUUCCUCUGGGGUGAAAACGUGAAGAAAUAAUUGAGUUUUUGUUUUUCAAGCUCUGUAAGCAUGAACUGACCUGAUUGGUCAAUUUUAGAUCCACUCUUAACAACUUUAAUAUCAGUUUCAGAUGAAAACUGAAAGAGCAAAUCAAGGAGCAAUCCUUACUUAAUCCUACAAAGCAGCUAACGACAUUGCUACAAGCUACACUGGGAUGUAACAAUGUACAUUUUCUAACCUGGUGUCCUCGUCCUCACUCUCUCUUUUUUUUCUUUUUUUUUAUUCUGCAAUGCUUGAGAGUUUUUACUUGAGGCCCGUUAAGACUGGAGAGUAUGAUUAUAUAUAACUUUGGGAAUUCAGAGAAGUGCAAUGGAUCGUCUUCAUGCUUUAAAGGUCCUGCAGACCCACACAGGUGUUUUCACUCACCUGCCUGAUUAGAUAUUAUCUGAGGAGUGUGUCUGCAUGUGUGUUUGCACUUAAUUAACAUGUGUCUGACCCUCUAUUUAGCAUAGUUGCAACUUUUAGGGGAGGGAUAUUAAUUAUUAUUGGUUCAUGAAGAUUAAAGACCUCAUUAAGUGUCAAAAUAGCUUUGUGGGUGUGCAGAGCCUAUAACAUCCGCCUCUUCUCAAAUGAGAGAUUAGCAAAGUGCACAGUGCUAUGAUUCAUGCAGCUGCUCUCUUUUUUGGAAAAUAAUUACUACGCUCUGCACAAUGUUGAACUUGUACUUUCCACAUGAAGCAGAGACGGUGUUCAGACGUUCGUACUGUCUCAGAUCAGAGCAACAUGGCUCCACAGCAGCGAGCCGCUCAGCUCUGAUUGUAUUCAGGGUCUGAAAUUAAUCCAGAAAUUAAAAUUUUCUCCACCAACUAUUAUAGCAACAGAUAAAAUAACAUCAUCAGCAAAAUGUUAGAUAUUUGCUUCUUUGCACCAGAGAAAAAAACCCUUAAAAACGUAUAAAUAAAUACAUUCCUGCUCUGCUAUUUCUGCAUGUUUCAGCUAAUUAAUUUAAAAUCACAUAUACUUGACAUUAGUGCCGUUUUUAUUAAAUCAACCAUCAGUUCUUAAAAUUGAUUUCUUUCCUAGAAGGCAGCCGUUGGAUUCGUUUCAUGACUAUCAAAAUCGAUGAAGUUUGUUUUACUUUAUAAUUAUGUGGUUAUUUAAAAAUUGCUUGCAGGGACUUUGUUGAAAUAUGUCUUUUUUUUUUUGUUAAACAGCCACUUCUCUUAAUGCAAAAUGAUAAUAACUUUAACAACCAUCCAUCAUCUGCUGAUUUCGUGUCCUCCUGGAUUAGAUUUUCUAAUAAUAUGAUAAUAAUAAGCUUAAACUUUCCUGGAGUCAAACCUUUUUUUCACUGUGUAAUUUUGCACAGAGCUAAAACAGGAUAACAGCUUUUUAUAAAACUAUUAUUCACCAUUAAACCAGAUUAUUGGAUCUAAAUGGACCUGCAGGAGGUUUCAAGCGUCUGCAGGUUUAUUUUUUCCUGGACAUUACCUUGUUGGCCUGAGGUGAAGGAAAUCAGUCCUGGUUGUUAAAUCUGCAGCAAUAUUAAUACAAGAAGAAGAGUUUGUUAACCUUCAGUUGACAGCCACUUAGGGUUAAUUUCAGACCCUUAUUUUGUUGAUUUCUGUCAUUUUAAGUGAUUUGCUUCUGUUUUAAUUAUGUUGUAUGUUAAUGUUUGUCGUUGUCACAGAGCUGAUAUUCUUUUAUUGUGCCAUAUGGAUCUUUGUGCCUAUAUGGGAAAAUGAAUGUUUUUUUGCUUCUUUUUUUUUUUUAAUUGUAUGUGUCAGAAGCUCUGUCUGAUGAGGAUGCUAACGCUUUACCACACAGGAUGUUAUCACAGGUGACUGGCAGCAGAGUUUGGGCAGAGGCAGCUCCCUGUAAUAAGUUGGGCAAAAACUAAUAAUUAAUUCCAUUAUCUAUUAUUCUGCAAAUUAAUCAAUUAGUCAGAAAAUAGUGACAAAAUGUCCAUCAACAUUUCUCAGUGUCCAUGGCAGAGUUUUCAGAUACUUGUUUUGUCCAACUAAAAGUCCUAAACCCAAAUAUAUUUAGUUUGCAAACAUAAAAUUGAAAAAAGCAGCAAAUACUCACAUCAGAGAAGCUGGAACCUGAGAGUAUUUUGGCAUUUUGUGCUUAAGAAGUUACUUAAAACAACUAAUGUAUUACCAAAAGUGUUGCAGAUAAUUUGUCUGACUUUCCACAAGUCAAUCGUGGUAUGACUGAAAAAAAAGCACUUACAUUUUAAAUGAAAUUACAUUAAAUUACAUUAAACACAUUUAGAUUACAUUAAAUUAUUACACUGAUAGUUAAUGAGAGUUAAAUCACACAAUCAAAGGAAUACUGAGACAAUUUGGGAAACACUUAUUUGCUAUAUGAUAGAAAAAGGUUAGUUCAUCACCGGUGCACAGGUGGAGUUAUCACAAAUGUUUUAAUUGACAGGAUCUUAGAAAAUGUCAUUUUAUUUAUCUGUCUCUUUAAGUCCUCAUUUCUUCACUUCACUAACCCUGCUCACCUGUGAUUACCUGACAUACUGUGUGCUAAAGUAUUAGCCUGCCUGGCGGACAGAGCGGCUGUUGGAGCUGAUUUUGUGGUGAAUCCUGAGUUCAGGUGAAAUCCUGCAGCCUGAUGACUCUGAUCACUACAAUCCAAGUUUCAGCUCGGAGCGUUUGUUUUAAACAACUCUACGUUAAGCUGAAAUCAUUUGUUUUUAUUAUUCAGUGCAAUCCAGUUCAAUGCAAUGGUCUUCAUGUCUUGAAUGGUCAUUAAAUUGUAUCCGAAUGUUUCUCCGCAGCACUUUACCCGUGAGGGGUGGAAGACAAGUCCAGAGGCGUGUUUGUUUUUGCAAAAUAAGUUCAGAGUCGCAGAGACGUACAUGGUAUGAAAAACCACGUUCAGGUCACUCUCAGUUACCACGCAGUAGAUUCGUCCAAUGUUUCCAGGUUUUUGUCCCGAUCUCAUCUUUAAAAUAAAAAUUCCUCUUUUACAUUAAAUGAAAAAAUGACCCUCAUCAUCAAUAUUGAAAUAAAAAUCUAGUGACUCUGCUGUGAUGAAAUAACUGUAUCAACCGAGUGAAUAUUUGAUUAAAAAUGGUUUAAAAA